AUGAUUAUUUUACCAUCAACCUUUUCUGGUUCCCCUAGGAAUAUGCAUCAGAAUUAUUUAGAUGCUAUGGCCAUUGUUUCUAAAUUUGGAAAACCAGACCUCUUUUUGACUUUUACAUGCAACCCCAAAUGGCCUGAAAUAACUGAAAACCUACUGCCUGGUCUUUAUGCAUGUGAUCGCCCUGACUUGGUCUCUAGGGUUUUUAAAUUAAAAUUAAAUCAGUUGGUUAAAGAUAUUUAUAAGAAUCAUGUUUUAGGACGUACAGUGGCAUAUGUUCAUGUAAUAGAAUUUCAAAAGCGAGGACUUCCUCACUGCCAUAUGCUUAUUACUUUAUGUAAUGAGCAUAAAUUACGUACAGCUGAUGAUAUUGACAUUUCUAUUUGUGCUGAAAUACCAGAUCCAGCUGAUCAAAAUCUUUAUGAAAUUGGUAAGUCUACUAUGGUUCAUGGUCCAUGUGGGUAUCUUAAUCCUAACUCAUCUUGUAUGAAAGAGGGCAAUUGUUCUAAAAACUUUCCAAAAGAAUUUUCUAAUUCCACAAUUUUAAAUGCUAAUGGAUAUCCACUGUAUCGAAGAAGGAAUAAUGGUAGAACAUAUCAAAUUCGUAACAUGGAACUUGAUAAUAGGUGGAUUGUUCCAUACAAUCCUUACUUGACAGAAAAAUAUCACGCACAUAUUAACGUUGAGGCCUGUGUUUCUAUAAAAUCUGUUAAGUACCUCUAUAACUUGAUUGAAUUGGUGUGGGCAAGUCAAUUAUCUGAAAAUAGAAAUAAUGGCAUUGAUGCAAUAUUUCUAGUUCUUAUUAUUUUGCCAUAUUUGGAUAAUAUAUCGUUGAAACUGCGAACUCACUUAGUUAAAACAUUUGAUAAGCAUCUUCCGUGCUGUAAGCUUAGGGUUAUUUUCAAAUCGGGUUGUAGAAUUGGCAAUUUUUUCCGGUUUAAGGACCGUGUUUCAAAGGCUCUGCGUUCAAAAGUCGUAUAUAAAUAUCAGUGUGAUGGCUGCAAUGCCAUCUAUUAUGGGAAAACUAUGCGACAUUUGAAAGUUAGAGCCUGCGAACACAUGGCCGUUUCUGCCUUGACUGGAAAAUCCGUCAAAUCUAUUAACCUUAGUGCGGUUUUGGAGCAUGUUGUUUUCUGUAAAAAUAGACCAUCUUUAGAUAAUUUUUCUAUUAUCUCCUCCGCAUCUAAUAAUUUUGAUUUGGAAUUGAAGGAAAGCUUGUUAAUCCGUCAUGACUGUGCAAAUAUACAAAUACAAGAGAAACUUGACCAUAAUGAAGUCAAAACAUUUUUAGAUGCUAGGUAUGUUUCAGCUCCCGAAGCUGCCUGGCGUCUAUUUUCUUUUGAGCUACAUAAGCAGUCACAUACUAUUUUUCGAUUAUCAAUGCACCUUCCUGAACAACAACAAGUGUAUUUUAGAGCUGGUAAUGAAGCAGCAGCACUUGAGAGGGCAGAUGAACAUGAUACCCACCUAACAGCUUGGUUUAAAUUAAAUCAGCGCAAUGUUGCUGCUCGGAAGCAUCUACAUGCCAAUAUACCAUAUGAUUUUGUGUUUAAAGAACAUGCUUGGUGUACAAGGCAACGAGGUGGUGAAAAAAUUGUCAGUAGAUUAUAUUCUGCCCAACCCAGUGAGGGUGAGAGAUUUUAUUUAAGAAUAUUACUUCUUCAUGUUCCAGGAGCUACCUCCUUUGAGUCAUUAAGAACAUUUAAUGGAGAGUUAUUCCCAACCUUUCGUGAAGCAUGUUUAGCAAGGGGACUUCUUCAAGAUGAUAAUGAAUGGAAUGGCACUCUUUUACAAGUUGCCACCUUAGGUACACCUUGGCAGCUUCGACAGACAUUCUCAUUUAUUUUAAGUCAUUGUGAGGUCAAUGAUCCUUUGACGUUAUGGCUUACCCAUAGAAAUAGUAUGAUAGAAGACUUUCUUCGUACUAUGCAAGAUUAUCAGGCUGAACAGGCUGCACUAGGUUUUAUAGCUGGUAUUAUAGGUCAGUCAGGGAAAAGACUUUCAGACUUUGGUCUUCCUGAAACAGAAGAAGCACCAGUAGAACCUCCAGCUGAUUUAGUUUAUCUUGGUCAAGAAGCUGAUAAUAUCCGUUCCACAUUAAAUCCUGAACAAUUAGAAGCAGCUGAUACAAUCAUUAGGGUUGUUAUGAAUGUCCAUAAUAACUCUCCUCAAAAUAACCGUUUAUUUUUUAUCGAUGGUCCAGGUGGAACAGGCAAAACUUACACUUAUAAUUACAUCAUAAAAGAAUUAAAGCGCAGAGGAAUGAAAGUUGGUACAUCUGCUUGGACCGGCAUUGCGGCAACACUUUUAGAUGGAGGGAGGACUGUUCACAGUCUUUUUAGAUUGCCUGUGCCGAUUGUGGAGACAAGUACUUGCAAUGUUCCUCCUACCAGUAAUCAUGCCACAUUCCUGAUGCAACAAGACUUAUACAUUUUUGAUGAAGCAUCAAUGAUCCCUAAGCAUGCCCUUCAAGCUAUCGAGACCAUGUUUAGGGAUAUUUCUAAUGUUGGCAACUUAUUUGGAGGAAAAGUCAUUCUUUUAGGAGGGGACUUUCGACAAAUUUUGCCAGUAGUAAAGAGAGCCAGACCUGCUGAAAUUGUAGAAACAUGUCUUAAAAGCUCCUAUAUUUGGCCAACUGUUCAGGUAUUUAAGCUUACACACAAUAUGAGAGCUGGACAGAAUCAGCAGAUUUUUGCAAACUGGCUUUUACAACUUGGUGAUGGUAUUUUACCUACAAAAGCAACAGCGCCAUUUACGAAUAGCAUUGAAAUACCAGAAACUUGCAUUAUCCGUGAGCAGAAUGAUCAAUCACAUGUUGAUGCAGUGUUUGGAGAUGGUAACUUGGCAGAUUUUGCCAGUAGGAUUAUUCUGACCCCUACAAAUGAUGUUGCCCUUGAUAUUAAUAACAAGAUAUUAAAUAAAAUUCCAGGGGAAAGAGUAACAUAUAACAGUGCUGACUCUGUAGUUUCAGACGAUCCUGAAGAAAUUGCACUUUAUCCAGUCGAGUUUCUUAAUUCAAUUACACCUUCUGGUAUGCCACCUCACAACUUGCAACUAAAACUGGGUGCAGUAAUAAUGCUUCUUCGAAAUCUAGAUUUAAAACAUGGAUUAUGUUAUGGCACUAGAUUAAUAGUACAACAGUUAAGGCAACAUGUAAUUGAUGCUGAAAUCAUUACUGGUGUUGCUACUGGUAAAAGAGUGCUAAUACCUAGAAUUCAAUUAGCGCCUUCUGACACUGGUCUUCCUUUUCAGUUACGAAGACGUCAGUUUCCUAUACGUUUGGCCUAUGCUAUGACAAUUAAUAAAUCUCAGGGACAAACAUUUAAUAAAGUUGGAAUUUAUCUUCACAGGCCAUGCUUUUCUCAUGGACAAUUAUAUGUUGCAUUUUCACGUGCACGUUCCUUUGAAGAUGUUAAGGUAAAGAUUCAUCAAACAGAAGCACAAGGUACAAGACAGGAUGAGAUGAUUCCUGUGCAGGAUGAGAUGAUUCUUGCAAGAAGAAUUCUGUGA